AUGCUCACCAAGUCACUCCUCGCGUUUGCCUCUCUCGCCAUCUCGGCCUUGGCCUGCACUCCCCCUCCUGGCUCUGGCUUCGCCAAAGCUGCUCCUCCAAUUAGUCUCUUCAUCUACAACGUUGGCACUGGUGCCAUUACCCCCUCGGCCACCGCCUUGGUUAAUAAAUUCCCGGCCGACGGAGGUCAGGAUAGGACCACCCUCAUGACCUUUAAUGACCCCAGUGGUGGUACAUCAAACAAUUGCAUGAUUUUCUUUGAUCCCGGCGAUCCAAGCCUGACAGUUGCCGGCAGCGGGAAGCUUGACCUUUUCACAAGCAAUGCCCCUGCCCCCCCUGGUGGGAGCCCAGGUUGGGGUCCUCCGGGGAACCAGCGCAAUAACCAACUUGUCCGAUGGACGGUAGCACCAGGUUCAGUUAGCACGGACGCGACCUAUGGUAGUCUCACUGUUGCUUGUAAUUCUUUAAAUAAUGCGGGGUUUGAAAUCGUUGGCGUUUACGAUACUGAUACCGUCUCCUAUAAGACCUUUGGGGUGUGUGUCGCCUAUAAUUAA